AUGAACUCCAACGAUAAACACCAACGCACGAUCCCCUCCAUGGAGAAGUACCCUUCGUCUGGACUAUCUGUUGUUGUUGUUGGGGGCGGAAUAGCAGGACUCGGAUUUGCCAUUGAAGCCUGCCGCAAGGGUCACGAUGUCCGCGUGCUUGAACGGCGCCCUCAGUUUGUUGAGCUUGGUGAUUUGAUGGUCCUACAAUCCUCGGCUCUGCAUACUCCCAAGCUGUGGCCUGGUUUUCUUGAAAUGUUGGCGUCUUGCCAGUACAACUCGCCAAACUACUUCAAGAAGUUUGAUGGGACUUUUAUCGGGGCGCAUCAUCCGGGCUCCGAUGAUGCUCCCUCUACCUAUGUCAACCGGGCGAAGUUCCACGGCAUUCUGGAAGAAUACGCUCGCCAACAGGGCAUAAAGAUUGAGUACUCGGCUAAUGUGGUUGAGUAUUUUGAGACGAACGACGCCGCAGGGGUCAAGUUUGAUGACGGACAUUUUCAAAUCGCAGAUGUUGUCGUGGCUGCCGACGGUGUAGGAACCAAGUCAUGGGGACUUCUUCAUGGAUCAAAGGCAGAGCCCAUCAACUCUGGUUUUGCCGUCACUCGGGUGACAUUCCCUGCAGGGCCCGCGCUUGAAAAUCCAAUCAUAGCCAAGGAAUUUGAAGGUUUCGAUCACAGAGUGUCCCUUCACGUGGGGCCAGACUCGCAUAUGGUCGUCGGAAAGACGGAUACUGAGAUCUGUUGGUUACUUAAUCACCCUGACACAGAUGGGGCUGUCGAGGACUGGUCCUACAAGGCCUCCAGUGACAUUGCUCUGCCCCAUGUUGAAGGGUGGCAUCCAUUCUUCAAGGAACUUAUAAAUGCCACACCAAACCACGAAGUAACGAACUGGAAGCUCAUGUGGCGCAACGCUCCACCCACAUGGGUUUCGCCCUUGGGUCGCGUGGUCCAGAUUGGGGAUGCUGCUCACACUUUCCUCCCGACAUCUGCCAGCGGGGCCACGAUGGCACUGGAGGACGGAUACUCCCUGGCCGCGUGCCUUGAAAAGGGUGGAAGAGAAAGAGUUGCCUUAGCUACGCGGGUGCAUAAUACUCUCAGGUAUGAGAGGGUGUCAUGUGCGCAAAGAAUGGGCCUCAAAAACCGUGAAAACUUUCACAAGACGGACUGGGACUACGUGAGAGAACAUCCCGAGGUUUUGACGAGCACUAUUGGGCUGUGGCUCAUUCAUCAUAAUCCCGAGAACUACGCUAUUGAGAAUUUCGAGAGCUGUGCUACGCAUAUCGAAGAUGGGAAAACCUUCCGGAAUACUAAUGCUGUCCCUGGCUACACCUGGAAGCCAUGGACGAUAGAGCAGCUUCUCGCUGCGACGGACAAUGGCGAGGAGAUUCUUGACGAAGGAGACUGGUCUUAA